AUGCAGUUGUUUUUCCUCCAGAGAGAGAACAGGUUGACUAACCAUAUCCAUCUAUCUUUCUUUACAUUGACUACUCCUGUUCCAGAACAGACUGAAAAUAUUCCAAGUGAGUAUAUUAAUAAUUAUGACAAAUAAACGCGUUAAUUGUUGAUUUUUUUACUCCAGGAAGGGGACGGGUUGACUAAUUAUGUCCACUGAUGUAUCUUUACAGCCGCUACUCUUGUUCCAGAACAGACUACAAAUAGUCCAAGUAGCCGCCCUUCUCCAAAUGCAGGCACAAAACUUCCCACACAACAGAACGUAAUAAAGACUAAUGAUGUACCAGAGGAAACAACGGGGGAGACCAAGCUAUGGUUUUUACUCUUCCUCCUUGCCCUGAUCCCAGUAAUAGGAGGAGUUGUAGUCUGUAGAUAUUGGCAAAAAAGAAGGAGCCGGAAGCCUGAGAGAAAGAACUCUAGAAGUGUUGAACAAAAGCGUCCUCUCAUGUCACGCACACCACGUAAGUUUCUCAUUUACAAAAAAAAAAGCGUGAUUUAUUUUCUGGUCUUGCUCUAGAAACUGCAAAAGUUAAGAUAACCUUAUCGUUAUUGUGUUAUAAGCGAGGGGUAACGACUUUAACUUCUUGAACGAAUGUUUCAUUAUUAUGCUUAUUCUGAUGCUCUAUGGAACCAAGUUGAAGAAUUCAUCCUCCCCAUCCAUGACACGAUCACUAGUCAAUCGAUCACUCCCCUCGAGCUCUGCAAACAGCAUUUUGAUUAUCAGUCAGAGCAAUGUAUUUCAAUGGGCUACAUGUAGCUCUCAUGGAUUAUUCUUUGACUUUGCGUUGAUUUCUAAUUUGAAACUCUAAUCAAAGAGUCAACAAAAACUUGUAUUAACUCGUUAUUCUUCAUCCCUUUUAUAAAUAUAUGUAUGCAUUCAUUUAAAUGUAUUCAGUUUUUUCCUCCUCUUUUUUGUUCUCCAGGUGGCUUAGAUACGUUGGUCCGAGAUUUACUUGUUGAGGACAGAAGGUUUAUUUCAAGUUUUCUUAAUGGCAAAACCUCUGAUGGUAAACUCUUAGUCUUGUUUUGCUAAACACUUAUUUGGGCGAAUAACAGGAGAAUUGAGACUAUUCUUGGAAAGCUUGUUCGAGACUUCCCGGAAAUUUUUUAUAGUAUGUAAAGAAUAGGCCAAUCCGGCUAGAGUUCCAAAAACCCUCACUUUCAAAACGAGGCAAAACCUCUUAUGUGAAAAUGAGUUUUAUUUGCAGGAGAAUAAAAAAAAUCAUUUUCUUGUGUAGCUUCGCACUUAGCCUCGCUUUGACAUAGAGGUUUUGAACAACUCGGAAAUCUAAGUUAAUACUUUCAUAGGAAAGUACUGCUCAGUAGCUUUCAUCAGAAUGGUGACACUUUACUUUGAAUAGUAUUUCAUUCCAAGAAUUCGGCAAAACUUAGAAAGAUUUUGUACAGCACUUAUGAACAGUACCGCAGGAAAGUAGUGCUUUCAUUUUAGUGUUUACACUCGACGAUCUUUUUAAUUUCACGCACAGCUAGGCUUAAAGUUAGAACCACUAUGUUUUAUCAAGUAUGUAGAAUUAUAAGCGAGAAGCGUUCAUCUCACGCUUUUGUUCACAGUUUUUUGGAAAUAAGUGAAAGGUUCGAUGGAAAUCUGAUGGGUUGAUGAGUCAUAACAAUUACAUUUUUGUUCUUUUUCAAUUUAGGUUACUACCACUGCCAAUUGGUUGCAGAAAAACUGGGAAUUAAACAAGACGAAAUUAGACGAUGGAGUCAAUUUCCCGAAAACCCUACCGAGAAAUUUCUUGCCGCUUUAGGUGAAAUGGAAAAUGGCACCAUUGUGAUGUUAAUUGACGCUUCGAAGCAGGUGGAGCUGACUCUCUUUGCCGAUAAACUGGAAAAGAGAUUCAGCCAAGAAAAUGUAGCGGAUGAAAGACAAACAUGGGUGUAG